AUGUACGGCGGCCAGCAGCAGUUGCAGCCCCAGGCGCUGCCCCAGCACCUGCAGCAUCACCGGCCGCAGCAUCACCGGCCCGAGCCCUGCUACCACACGCUGCCUCUGCCGCACCACCGGCCUCGGCAGUGCCCCGAGCCGCUGCCGUGCUACGAGCCGCCGCCCCUGCAGAGCCGGCCCCGGCCGUGCCCCGAGCCGCUGCCGUGNCCCCGGCCGUGCCCCGAGCCCCUGCCGAGCUGGCCCCAGCAGUGCCCCGAGCCGCUGCCCAAGCCAUGCCCCGAUCUGCGGCCCCUGCCCUGCCCGGAGCCGCUGCCCCACCAGCACCAUCAGCAUCAGGACGGCAACGUGGUGUACGAGCGGGUGAGGACCUAUAGCUGCCCCGGGGGCAAGCGGGUGCAGGUGCUGGAGCCCCCUCCGUGCUCCCCCAGGCCGGUGUCCCCGCUGGAGAACGCGUCAGGCCACCAGCAUGUCAUCUGGAGCUGCGACCCGCCUCAGCAGUUACAGGAGCCAUUGUCUCCGUUUCUGAGAGGAGGAAGUUACUGCCCAGGGAAUAAUGUUAUCUAUGAAAAGACAAUAAGAAAAUAUGAGUUGCUAAAUCCUGAACAGGAGAAACAAUACCAGUUUUCCCACCAGUCCAACCAAUCCCAGGUUAGCCAGGUAUGCCAGCAAUCUGAACAGCCCCAAAUCAUCCACCAGUGCCGAGAAACACGAAGUUGCAGUCCCUGCGAAAUAAGCUCAAUCUCUGUGAGUGAUGGUGGAAGAGGAACGAACACAGUGCAGAGGGUAACAAUCCGAGGCUGUGAAGAAGAACCAGUACACAGUCUUCAAGAAGCUAAUGGGCAGCUGGACUCCAGAUAUUUUGGCGAGCUACUUGCUGAAGUGAACCGCAAGAGCAAUGACCUGUACAGCUGUUUACUGCAGCAUGUGGAAAAGAUAGGAAGAAGGACACAGGACAAUGAAUCUACACGUCAAGUAGAAGAUAUUGAAGGUUUGAUUCCCAAAGGACUGUCGGAGUUGACAAAGCAGCAAAUUCGCUAUCUCCUGCAGAUGAGAGUGACAUCCGAUAAAUCACUGCGACUUGUACUUUCCACUUUUGGCAGUUUGCGCGAGGAGCUUUGCCAUCUACAAGAUGACUUAGGGAAAUUGGAAACUGACAAGAUGUUACUAGAGAAAGAUCUGGCUUUUAAAGAAUCUCAGGUGAAGGAGUAUGAAACACUGUUGGCAUCUGUGAGAGAGAAUAAUCGCCAACAGCAGCAAGGACUCAGAGACAGUGCUUCAAAAUGUCGUUCAUUGGAGGAACAGAUCAUCUCUCUCCGGUAUGCUGAGGGAGAGAAGGACUGUCGGAUAAAAGAACUGGAAUACUGCAAGCGUGCCUUGGAACAAGAGAUCCAGAACCUGAGAAUGCAGACCUGUUCUAAUCCAGUGAUACAAACCACCACAGAUGAGCUCUCUAGUCGUUACGUGGAGAUGAUUAACAACCUGAGAGAGGAUAAAGAUAGAGAGAUCCGCAAUCUUAGGUCCCAGCUAAACCAGUUCCAGCAAGAUAUUUCAAGAAGAGAUGGAAGUAACAGUGACUUCCAGAUGAGGCUGCAUGAACUUACUUCAAUGUUAGAAGAGAAGGAGACUUUUAUUAAACAGCAGCAAGAGGAACUCUUUAGGUUGAAGCAAGAAAGAUUAUCAUGCAAUCAAUCCACAGGUGUAACAAAGUCUAUCAUCACAAAAAAGUACAUGAACCAAUAUCCAAUCCUUGGUCUCCUGUCUGAUGACUACAUGGUUUCAUCACCAGUUAGACAAACAGAGACUAUUGUAAUUGAGAAGACUGAAGCAAUGUAGAAACAUGAAUGAGCAGCUGGGACCGCCACUGGAUCUGUUCAAAGGCGCUCAUACCAAAUGACUGUAUCAUUGCUUUACCUGCUGCUGUUUUUCAUCAUUAAAAGGUUCAGUUUAAUAUUUAGAACCAGGCCUUUCCCUGAACCCCUGUCUAAUGUGUAUGUGUUAAAGACACACAGUGGGAAAUAAUGGAUUGUGAAAAGCAAUGGCUGGCCUUACUCAAAGCAAGCAAUUAACUUCUAUCUGAUGAAGAACAUGCAUUUUUCAUAGUCUGCCCAUUUUAACCACUGUGUCGUAACACACACAAUACUAGCAUUACUUGCAGUUAAAUCCCAGACACUACAUUCUCUAUGGAGAUGAAAAGUAACAUACCAUUUAUGAUGUUCAGUCAUUCCACACCACGUUGAGUAAAGGGGUAUUUUCCAUUCCUUUGUCUUACUUGCUGCAUUACUAAGGAGAGGACCAAAAACCCCACCUAUAUUUAGUUUGCAUGUUGGCUUUUUCUCUGCAUGCAUGGUGAAGAAUAAUUGUCAUAACAGUUGUGAACGGUAGAGACAAAAUUACAUCGAUUACAAAUGACGGUAAAGUUUGACAUGUAUCUCUGUGGUAAGCACGUCAUCAUUUCUUGCAAGGGCGGCACUCAUGAUUUUGAUACACUUAAGUGUUUACAAGAUUUUCUAGCAGUAGAAACUGGUACCACUAUUUUAAAGUGUUACUUUAUUACUUCACGGAUCUUAGAUUGGUUCCAAUCCUGCACUUAUCUCUUAUCAUCUGUCCAUACUGAGAUCAAAUGCUAAGUGCAGCCAAGAGGUGUAUCUAGAACUAAUGGAAAUGUAAUCAAUACAUAAAAAAAGCACACAUAAAAAUUGUGAUCUCAAAAUGGCAUGAGAAAUUCUAGAAGGAAGUUACCUCUCUGAAAAUUUCUCUACAUAAACUAACCAAAAUGCUUUAACUUGGGAGCAACUCCAUCCAAGAUAAACUCCCUCCAUCCAGCUCCUCAGUGCUGGGCCAUAAGUGAUGAGUACCAAUUUUGCAGAUAUAUUUUAUGAAAAACAACAUCUCUAAUUUGGCAAAAUAAUCUUGUAAACUUUUAAAUUUAAGGUAACUAAGUUUUAAAAAGAACAUUAAAGAUCAUAUGAAUAAGUUUUUGACUGAACCUUUAUAAACUGAAAAACAGCUGUGACUAUUUGUACCAGGCAUAGUUUAAGAUUCUUGAAAUUUACUUGUAAAUCAAAAUUUCAAGAAUGUGGUGUAUACAUUUUUUUUUAUAUUGGGAAAAGUAGAAUGAAAAUAGUGCUUGGGCUAUAUUCUGUUGUUAAUGGAGGAAAAUUCCCACUUGAUUCAGGACUACAGAAUGUGUCCCAAUGAUUUUGGUGUAAGAGAUAAAAUAGAAAAAGAAGUAAUUUGAAGCAAGGGGGUAAGGUUUGAAAAUAUAUAUGUAUAAAAAAAGAAGAUAAGGGAGAAGAGGAAUUAAGGGAUCUACAAUACUUAAAUAGGUGCUAGCUUUUAAAUGCUUUUGUAAAGGUUUUCCUUUUCUAUUUUUCUGUGGAUUGAUUUAGUUAUAGGCACUUGGAGUCCAUUUUAUAUCCAUACAGAUGGUCAAUAUAUAUGUUGGUGAGAGUACUUGUGACCUAUGGGUGAUAAUAGCUGGGAAAU